AGAAGAGCCCCGCAGCCCCAGGCCCUCUCUUCUUCUUCCUCCCCCCCUUCCCAGCGGCACCAGGCCCCCGCCCCGGUGGCAUCUCCGUAAUUUCGCCGUCUCUUCGCCGCCGCGGGGGGUGGGAGGAGGAGGCAUGGGCAACGCCAGCGGCCGCGAGGAGGACGUCGCGGCCGUGGACGGCGACGGCGCCGACGUGGAGGACGGCGGCGGGGACUCGUCGGUCCGCUCGUCGGAGCGCGGCUUCCCGCCGUACGGCAGCGGGGGAGCAAACCACGUGCGGCGCGCGUGCUCGGUGAGCGUCGUCGGUGGCGGAGGCGGCGCCGGUUCGCCGCCCGGGAGCCCCGGCCGCUCGCUCUCUCCGCGGAUGUUCGUGCCCCAGACCCCUGUGCCUCCACUGCAAAGAGCUGCUGAUGUAACCCCAUUAUUCAACCAGAUAUUGAUGAAUGAACAAGAAGAAUAUGAUGGUCCCCCUCCAAAGGAAAUUCAUGCUUUAAUUGUGUGGACCCUUGGAGGGAAGAAUGUAUAUGUUGAAGGAUCAUGGGAUAACUGGAAAUCAAGAAAGGCCAUGCAAAAAUCUGGGAAAGACCACUCUCUUCUGCUGGUACUCCCAUCUGGAGUUUACCGAUACAGAUUUGUUGUAGAUGGAGAAAGGAGAUGUCUUCCUGAUCUUCCCUGUGAAACUGAUGCAAUGGGCAACGCGGUUAACCUUCUUGAUGUUAAUGACUUUGUUCCUGAAAGUGUCGAGAGUGUGACAGAAUUUGAGCCGCCCCCGUCUCCAGACUCCAGCUAUAGUUUCCAGGCACCUGAGGACAAGGACUUUGCUAAGGAGCCUCCUGCUCUUCCGUCCCAGCUCCAUCUCGGUGUUCUUAACUCACAGAACUCGGAAGAAAAUUGCGCGCGGCCGCAGCACAUAGUCCUCAACCACCUCUUCAUCGAGAAGGGCUGGGGCGCCCACCCGCUGGUGGCGCUCGGUCUAACCCACAGGUUCGAGUCUAAAUAUGUAACUGUCGUCCUGUAUAAGCCCAUCGAACGAUAGCAAAAGUAGCCCGCACAUGAAGAGUGAAAGUUAAUGCUUGACAACUCACUGCGAGAGCAGCGAUGAACAACGCAGAGGGUACAUGCUUGUAAAAGCGGUUGAGGCUGAGGAGUAUUUUUUCCGUGCCUUUGACA